AUGUUACAGAAUAUGAGUGUCUCGUGCAACCCUAAUGUCUCAUGCAACCCUAAUAUCUUGUGCAACCCUAAUGUCUCGUGCAACCCUAAUGUCUCAUGCAACCCUAAUAUCUUGUGCAACCCUAAUGUCUCGUGCAACCCUAAUGUCUCGUGCAACUCUAAUAUCUCAUGCAACCCUAAUUUCUCGUGCAACCCUAAUUUCUCGUGCAACCCUAAUUUCUCAUGCAACCCUAAUUUCUCAUGCAACCCUAAUUUCUCGUGCAACCCUAAUGUCUCGUGCAACCCUAAUGUCUCGUGCAACCCUAAUGUCUCGUGCAACCCUAAUGUCUCGUGCAACCCUAAUAUCUCAUGCAACACUAAUGUCUCAUGUAACCCUAAUAUCUUAUGCAACACUAAUGUCUCAUGUAACCCUAAUAUCUUAUGCAACCCUAAUAUCUCGUGCAACCCUAGUGUCUCAUGCAACCCUAAUGUCUCAUGCAACCCUAAUAUCUCAUGCAACCCUAAUGUCUCAUGCAACCCUAAUAUCUCAUGCAACCCUAAUGUCUCGUGCAACCCUAAUGUCUCAUACAACCCUAAUGUCUCAUGCAACCCUAAUAUCUCAUGCAACCCUAAUGUCUCGUGCAACUCUAAUAUCUCAUACAACCCUAAUGUCUCAUGCAACCCUAAUAUCUCGUGCAACCCUAAUGUCUCAUGCAACCCUAAUAUCUCAUACAAACCUAAUGUCUCGUGCAACCCUAAUGUCUCGUGUAACCCUAAUAUCUCAUGCAACACUAAUGUCUCAUGCAACCCUAAUAUCUCGUGCAACCCUAAUAUCUCAUGCAACCCUAAUAUCUUAUGCAACCCUAAAUGUCCCUAA